ACAUAAACAUAGGCCUUACGGGAGCGAAUCGCCUCAAAAACCCUAGACGAAGCACAGACGAACAGAACAGAGCGACUCCAAAAUGGUUCAGCGGCUCACCUACCGCACGCGCCACAGCUACGCCACCAAGUCCAACCAGCACCGCAUCGUCAAAACUCCCGGAGGGAAGCUUGUUUAUCAGACCACAAAGAAGAGAGCUAGUGGGCCUAAAUGUCCUGUUACUGGCAAGAGAAUUCAAGGAAUUCCUCACUUGAGGCCUGCUGAGUACAAGAGGUCUAGAUUGCCAAGAAACCGCAGGACGGUGAACCGUGCUUACGGUGGAGUUUUGUCUGGAGGUGCUGUCAGGGAAAGGAUCAUUAGGGCCUUUUUGGUGGAAGAGCAAAAGAUUGUGAAGAAGGUCCUGAAGAUUCAGAAGGCCAAGGAAAAGCAAUCAUCCAAGAGCUAGAAUUUCAGUAGAGUAAAUUUGGCUAUGGAUUGAUGGUAGCGAAUCUGGGAAUAGUAUCUUGAGUGAUCAAGAUUGGGAUUUUUAUAUUUUAGCUUGGCUGCUAUGAAACUGUGUUCUAUUUCUUUAUCUUCGUCGACAAAUCUACUUGUGUUAAAAAUUUUGUUUUGUUCAUUCACUUGUUAGCUGGUCACUGAAAUUUCAUGUUGGAACUGGAUUUGGAUGAUCCAUGUAUUUGCAGAUUAGUGGUUUUUGCUAUUACCGUUAAACUAGUUAUCUGAUUGCCU